CAUGACACCGGCCAAUCUGCUCUCGCCGCCCUCGCAGAUACCGCCGCCCACUGCGCUCGCCCUCUCGCAAAAAGCGCCGCCCAUAUUGUCCAAGUCGCCCACGUCGGCCCUGCCCUGGCCGCUGUCUCUGCUCUUCUCCCGGGAAACCCCGGAGACAUGGACCAUUCACGAGAACCUCUUCUUCUCCACUCUGCGCACCGGCGACGAGAAGGCCGCCCUCCAGAUCCUGCAGCAGCUCGAGGCGCGAUUUGGCGACCAGAACGAGCGCAUUGUCACGUUGCGCGGCAUCUACAAUGAGGCCACGUCCAAGUCGGACGCCGACCUGGAGAAGGUCUACGCCGCAUACGAAAAGAUCCUCAAGGACGACCCCACCAACAUGAGCAUCCGCAAGAGGAGGGUCGCCGUGCUCAAGGCGCUGGGCAGGACAACCGAGGCCAUUGAGGCGGUUGCGGCGCUGCUGCACAACAGCCCCACGGACGCCGAGGCCUGGGCAGAGGCGAGCGAGCUGUACGCCAGCACCGCCGCCUGGGGGCAGGCCAUAUUCUGUGCAGAGGAGGUGCUGCUCAUCACACCCAAUGCCUGGACCGCACACGCCCACAUUGCCACAUUACACUACCUCUCCACCGCCGCAAACAACCCACCCAACCUCACUUCGCUCGCCCUGGCACUCAAGCACUUCUGCCGCUCCGUCGAGCUCAAUGACUCGUAUCUGCGCGGCUACUACGGCCUCAAGCUCCUCACAUCCAAACUCAACUCCAACCCCACAUUAACAUCGGCAUCGGCGCCCACCAAACGCAACGCCCAGGACGACAACGACGACGUGUCCCUCCCCAGCACCCACAUUAUCCAAAAGCUCGAGGAAAUCGCAACAAACAAAUUGGCCGAAAUGAUUCGAAACUACAAGUCCGGAAAAAAGGGCUGGCAGGGCUACGAAGAAGCCGAAAUCAUUGCUGCAAGAGAGCUCCUAGACAGAGACGGCUAGUUUGAAUCGCCCCCCGUUGUCCAACCAAGCCAUCCCGCCAGAGAGGAGAGAGAGAAAGAAAGAAACAAAGAAAUAAAAAAACAAAAAGAAAGAAAGACCAUUGACAUGAAUUGAAUGCAACAUAAUGGGACAUAUGACGAAUGGUGGCGUUGCGCGGCGUUAUGCGGCGGCGUCUUGCUUUUGUGCGGUCGUAAGGACCGCCCCCCCCCCUCCAUUCAUCUCUAUCCUGUCCGUCCAUUCAUUCAAAGCAUUUCAGCGAAAUUUAGGGGGAAAAUCGGGGGGUGAUGUGGGAGAAACGAAAGCAACGUUCUGUUUUACUUGGAAGAGAGAGAGCGAGAGAGAGAAAGAGAGAGAGGAAGAGGAAGAGAGCGAGGUUGGGAAAGGGGAGGAAGAGGAGGAGGGGACUAAAGC